GUCAGCAGUGAUAUUCCGGAAGUGAGUCGGGCGGAAGUAGCGGCUCGGUUCUGGUCUUUGUACCGGAGCGGAGCGGAGCGUCGGAGGUUUUAAUAUCCGAACAGAUCCAGUGAGCGGCUCCGUUACCGACAUCACGGUGUGUGUGAGGGCCUGAGGGAGCUCCGUGUCGCCAGUUCAGCGCAUUGUCGGUCCGGUCCGGUUCGGUCCGGUUCUGCGUGGAGCGGCGGGAUGUCGGUGUUGAGCGGCACAGCGCUUCAGCGGCAGCUCUCCGCCGUCAUGGAGGCGCUGAGCAGAGCGGCGGUGGCGGAGAUCUGCGCGCUGCUGGACGAACGCUACGCGGUGCUGCAGACGGAGAUCAGCCGCAGCUACCAGGAGAACCAGGACCUGAAGAAGAAGCUGCACCUCAUCGAGUCCAUAGUGGUCCGGGGGGGCGGGAAGGAGGCGGCAGAACCGGAGUUCGCCUCGUCCGCGGAGGGCGCACAACGGGCGGAAACACCGCAGCAGCGGCAGCGAGACAUCGGUCCUGCCGCUGCCGCUCCCGGAGGAGACGGAGGAGACGCUGUGGUGCUGCAGGAGGAGAUUCCAGACGUGGUGUUGAUCAAAGACGAAGACUCGGACAGUAACGACACCUUUGAGGAAGAUAACAAAACGCCUGCUGACGGCGGGACGGCCGCGACCAGAGAGCGCGCCACGUCGAUGCCCGUCAGCCGGAGCGUGAAGAGACUCUGGCCGGGAAGCGAAGAGGCCGACAGGAAGUCGUCCUCCGAGCCGCUCGCGCUGAGAACCACCGGGACGCAGAAGAAGAGCGUGACCGUCUACACUCUGGACUCUCCUCCUCGCAGCGAGCCGGGCUGCUCCGGCCAGCUCGGCGGCGAUGAUGAGAUGGAGGCCAGCGAGUCGGUCUGUUCCUACUCCUCGCAGAUGGACCCGGACGUCCAGCUGGUCCACCAGGACUGCUCGCCGGUCCCUUCCAGCUCCAACAGACAGGCGUAUUUCGGUAACGGCGCUCUGAUGGAGUCUCCUACGAGCAGAGAACUAGAUCUCAGCCUGACGUGGACCAAACAGUCAAAAAGUCAGUUGGCUUUCGCUCAGUUUCACCAAAACGAAAACCUGGACGGCGACGCUUUCGGGCUCAAGAUGAUCAGCGUCACAGGCUCCAUUUCCACAGACUGCCAGCUGUCUGAAAACAGCAACUCUGCGUUCGAGUACGACGACGACGACAUGAUGAACUUCGCCCACUACAGGGACCAAUCAGGUCAACCUCAGCUCUGUGACGGGCAGCCGGGGAGCGCCCGAGGGAGGCGCUUCGUGUGCGCCGUCUGCUCCAGGACGUACGCCACGUCUCAGAACCUGGAAGUUCACAUGCGGAUCCACACGGGCGAGAAGCCGUUCACCUGCAGCCAGUGCGGCAAGAAGUUCACCCAGUCGGCUCACCUGAAGUCGCACCUGAGUGUGCACUCCGGGGAGCGGCCGUACGCCUGCACGCUCUGCUCCAGGAGCUUCAUCGUCAAAUACAGCCUCAAGUUGCACAUGAAGAAAUGUCACGAGAACGCCUGAGUGAACGCAUGUGUGGCUUUCACCUACAAAAUGUUCUGUAAAUAUCCCGUUUUAAAAAAAAGAAGAGAAGUUACUGAACAUUCAAAAAUAAUGAGUUUUACCAAAAGGUUUUUAAAAAAGAAUGAAAGUGUCCUCUUUUAAGAAUGAGCUUUACUUUGAGCUGCAACAAUUCAAAUCUAUUAAUCAGUUAAUCGAAUGACAGAAAAUGCAUUAAGAACUAUUUGAUAAUCGUUAACAUUUGAUUCUUCUAGCUUCUCAAAUGUGAUAUCUCUGAACAUUAUGAUAAACUGAUCAUCUCUGGCGUGUUGAUCGGACAAAAACAAGACGCUUGAGGACAUUUUAGUUUUUAGUUUUUUAAUGCUUAAAAGAUCAAAUAAUCAUCAGCAUCUAAUUUAUUAUAAUCAUUAUUUAUUUUUGGAGUGAAACUUAACGUUUGCUAAGUUUCUAGUGAGCUCCGCCUCCGUAGUGUACAGGUCAAAAAGCAUUUCAUGAAAAAGAGUUAAUAGUAUCUCUGUAUGAGUGUCUUGCAGAUUAUCAUGUGUCAUUCUUGGUUAAUAAAACUAACACUCAAAUUG